CUCACUUUACCUUCUCUCUCAUUUUCUAACAAAACCAUAGCUGCUUUCUUUCAUUGCUCAUCUUUAUUAAUUCUUAUCUUCCCAACCAAAUACACAACCAAAUUUUAAGAAUUCUUUUUUCUCAUCUUCCUCAGUCAACCACCCAAUUAUAAACUGCACAAAUAACAUAUAUUUUAAUAAAUUAUAAUCAUACACAGAAAGCCAGGGCGGCCAUUUUCUUGUUUUCCUUGAAACUUACGUGCGUUUUGUGUUGAUUAAUGCAUGUGAAGAUGGAAGCUGCAAGAGAGCAUUGUGAUGAUGAUUCAGCUCUUUCUCUUUCUUCUUCAUCUUCAUCUUCUUCUUCUUCGUCAGCUAGCAUUGUUCCUGAUUUAUCUUUCUCCCCAGCUCGAGCAGCUGCACAGCCACGGGGACUCACCUUUACUGAGCUUGACUGGACCACCGUCGAGCACCGGUUCGACCGGCUGGCUUCAGCCCGGAAUGGGCCUGAACCGGUUGUCAAAUGGUCGGAUUUCGGUUACUGCAUAGGGAUGCAGAGAUCACCAGAGAUUUCUGAUGAGAUUCUCAUGGCAUUAAGAAGAAGAAGAGAAUGUAUAGCUGAUAUUACAAAGAAGGAACUUCAUGAAUACUGGCUUCGCAUGGUUGAUCCUCAUAUAAACUCAAGAAUUCAAUUAUUCUUUGACAUGAUUGAUAGAAAUAUGGAUGGAAGAAUCACAGGAGUGGAUAUCAAGCAGACAAUUUUGAUGAGUGCUUCGGCAAAUAAAUUAUCAAUAAGUCAUGAAGAAGCAGAAGAACAUGCUGGUUUAGUUAUGGAAGCGCUUGAUCAUCAUAAUCUUAAUCAAGGCUAUCUUCAGGCAUCUCAGCUGGAGAUUUUGUUCAAAGUAAGUUCACCAAGAGCCUCAUCCUAUGCUGGCAGUGUUCAGCAGCAGAAUGGCUUGUAUCAAGAACCAAUUUCAAGAGCUGAAAUCAUUUUUCGAAAUUACUGGCGCCGCGGAUGGAUAAUCUUGUUGUGGUUGAUGAUUUGUGCCACACUUUUUGCCUGGAAAUUCAUUCAAUAUAGUCACAGAACAGCAUUCCAAGUCAUGGGUUACUGCCUCUGCACUGCAAAAGGAGCAGCCGAAACUUUAAAACUCAACAUGGCUAUAAUUUUGCUCCCAGUCUGCCGGAAUUCCAUCACCUGGCUCCGCAGGAACCGCCGCAUAAACUCAGUUAUUCCAUUCAAUGACAACAUCAACUUCCACAAGUUGAUUGCAGGAGGGAUAGUGGUGGGUGUGAUUUUACAUGGGGGAACACAUCUGGCUUGUGAUUUCCCAAGAAUCAGUGGCUCUGACCGCUCAAUUUUUCGGCAAACUAUAGCGGCAAGAUUUGGGUACCAUCAGCCUUCAUACACACAGAUUUUGGCCACAACAGAGGUUGCAACAGGACUUGCCAUGGUUGUACUGAUGAGCAUUGCAUUUUCACUGGCAACAAAAUGGCCUCGCCGGCAGUCGCCUUCGCUACCAAGAUCUGUUAGACAAGUCACAGGAUACAAUACAUUUUGGUACUCUCACCACCUCUUCAUUUUUGUGUAUGCCUUGCUGAUUGUUCACUCCAUGUUCCUCUUCCUAACCAGCAAUGUUGCAGAGAAAACGACAUGGAUUUAUAUUGCAAUUCCAGUUUUGUUGUAUGCUGGAGAGCGGAUUUUUCGAGCUGUAAGAUCAGGGUUUUAUGAGAUUGAAAUCUUGAAGGCAAGUUUUUAUCCUGGAAAAGUGUUGUCCCUCAAAUUGAACAAACCAAAAGGGUUCAAUCACAAGAGUGGAAUGUAUAUAUAUCUUCAGUGCCCUCAGAUUUCACCCUUUGAAUGGCACCCAUUUUCACUUACUUCUGGACCAACAGAUGAUCACUUAAGUGUACAUAUCAGAACUCUGGGAGACUGGAGCUAUCAGCUAUACAGUCUCUUCCAAGAGGCUGUGUUAACUGAAGCAAAGGAGUCACCAAAAAUUUACAUUGAUGGACCAUAUGGUGCUGCAUCUCAAGACUACAUCAAGUAUGACAUUGUGGUUCUCAUAGGCCUUGGCAUCGGAGCCACACCUUUCAUAAGCAUCCUCAAAGAUGUAGCCACAGGUCUCCAGAAAACACAGUUUGAGCAAGUUUGUAGCAGCCGAAAGGGUCCUUUAAAAGCCUAUCUUUACUGGGUUACAAGAGAGCAAAGCUCCUUUGACUGGUUUAGAGAUAUCAUGAAGGAAACAUCAAAAUCAAACCUGAAGCAGUCUGUCACAGAGAUACACAACUUUUUAACCAGCAUUUAUCAGGAGGGCGAUGUGCGAUCUGCUUUGAUAAGUAUAAUCCAAGCUUUAUAUUACUACAAAACCGGCAUCGACAUUGUCUCCAGAACACCAGUGAGGACACAUUUUGGUCGACCAAAUUGGUUCAAUAUCUUCUCAGGAUUGGCACAGAGGCAUAGAGGAGCACAGAUUGGGGUAUUCUACUGUGGACCAUCGACUUUGGUAGGAGAGCUGGAGAGUUUGUGCACCAAAUUCUCAACCAAAACCAAUACAAGAUUUGUGUUUCACAAAGAGAAUUAUUAGAUGUAUUUUCUAUUAGUGAUGCUUUACUGCCUACUCCACAAUAGGAAAUGGCAUAACUACCUAUUAGUAUUUUUGUACCUACAAUCAUCCCUCUUUUUUUCUUAAUUGUUCUUGCUGUACUAAGCCAACCAGCUUCAAAUAGGAAAAAAUUCUUAAGUUAGAAUUUGUAAGACAUUUUUCAUGGGAAAGCUUUAUACAAUUGAUGAUGCAA